AAAUGGGAGGGAGAGGGAGGGUUGUAGGAGAGACAGCAGGAAGUGUCUUUUUUUUUUUUUUUUUUUUUUUUUUUGUAUCAGAUGAUGCACACAUCAGUUAUAGCCAGGUGCUGGUGCCCUUUGGUGUUCCUUUUCUGCAGCUACUGUGUUCUCUAUUUCUUGUGCAAUGGAUAUUUGGCUUCAGUGGGAAGUGACUGUGAACACUGACACCAACUUCAAAAGCUGAUACAGCUCUUCUACCAAGAGAAAAUAAUCUGCUACACCGCAACUCCAAGCAUACAGUCAUGUCUACAAUCCCUUUUAUUGCGUCACUUUACAUAUUUGUUGGCGGAUUUGGGUUCCUUCCUGAGUGCAAUUGCAUUGAUCCUUCUUGCAACACAAUCCCGGCAGCCGGUGAUGUCUCUCACUGUCUAUGGGCUCAUCGAUACAAUCGCAGGAGUACUAACAGGCAUUGGUGUGUUCUGUGACGGUUGUCUUCAGUUCACUCAUUUGAUUUACAGUAACUCAUGCCACAGAUAUUAUGUGAUAUAUAUUUUGCUCGUGUUUCCCCUGGCUUCAGUAAAUUUCUCAGCUCUAGGGAUGGCCAUAGAGAGGUUUCAGGUUGUGAGAAAUUCCGUGUCACAGUCAAGUAAGUUCCAUCGAUUCUUUCCUUUCGCCUGGACAAUGACAACCUGUCUCAGUGCUUUCACAUUCAUGAUUGUACUCUGGGGUAACACACAGGUAGAUUCUGUCCAGACUGUUCAAGAUUUUUCUUUUCGCUGGGAAAAAGGUCAGGAAAUUCGUCACACGAGGCAUCUUCUGGAUGAUUUGUGGGCAUACAACAGUCAAUACGAUUCCUCGGCAGACCAACAAGAAGAGAUUAUCGUCAAUAUGGUGCGUAGUAUUGUUCAGAACUUCUCUUCGCCUGCCCAAGACAGUGAGCUUAAUGACAGGUUUCAUGAUUUUAACCUCUCUCCCAUCACUCAACAUAACUCAAAUCUUUCACCAACACUUGAACACACAGUAAAUGUUUCCCCUGGAUAUCACAACAUCCUGUCAAAAUUUCCAGUACGGAGAUUCAACACAACUGUUUCACCUUUAAAUUACAACAAGGCGAUUCUUGCUAAAGUUACUGACACUCCUUCCUCUCCAAACCUGCCUUCAAGAUCCGAUAUGACCAAAGUGACUGGGUGUAAUGCAACACAAAGGGAAGCAACACAUGUAUCCCAACCUGAUCCCAACCUGGCAAAGACAUUCCUACCCUCAAUAGCUGACAUUAUUAAUCUUUUGACUGGUCCUCACCAAAAUGGACAAUCCCCUCAGGAUAUUAAGGAUCAGGGAACAACUAAUGGGAACCUUAACCAGGAUCAUAUAACAGAGCAAAACCAUGAGACUUCACCUACUCCUACUAUCACAACCCAAUCAUUCACUGAGUCACACACAAAGACUGAAGAACCCAUUACUGAGACUGUCAAUUCUGAAAUACCACUAAUCACCACACUAGAACAUUCAGGAAAAAAUACCAUGACAAAUGCUGAGCCUGAGACUACCACUAGUCUACAUGACACUGUUGAUUCCUCUUACGGUGUAACAACUCUUGAUAGCACCCUUAUAAUUACUACCAAGAUGGACUCUGUGAUUCAAGAAUACAAUGAUACAUCAGCAACAGUACCUGAAUUGACUACCUCUCCCACAGAUCAUGAAAGCAUAGAGGUUGAAAUAGAAGCAAAUGUAGCAUCUUCAGAUAAUGCUACAUCUGACGAACAAGUCUCAGAAGAGAUUGAAGUAAAAAUCUUUACAACAGAAACAACCGAAGGGGAGGAGGCUUCAACACCUUCACUAUGCCCUACCAAUGCCCUCAUAGAAAAGCCCACAUCUGAUACUCCCAUCACUAUCACGACCUCCACCCCUCUUACUGAACACAGAACCACAAAUUUUAAGACCUCAUCACAGAUGCCAGAUACUGAAAACAUUGCUAACAACAUAGAGUCUGAUGUACUGCCAGGUCUGAUCCCUUCCCAACAAGAGAACGUUUUUAAUGAUUCUCUGAAACCAACGGGGCCUCCCUUGUAUAUCAUAUGUUACACCAAGGAGAGAUUUCUUCAGAGCUACACAACCAUCAUCUUCACCUGUAUAUUUGCCCUGCCACUUCUAGUCACCACAGGACUAAAUUUGUACAUGGCAUGGUCACUCUCCCACUACAGACACUCCAGACUUACUGAAACCACAAACAACAAUUGGUUAAGACUACGCAAGGCUGUUCUUCAGGCUCUCAUACUCCUGGCAGCCAAUGCCAUCUGCUGGGUGCCCUUCCUCGUGGAGCGGCUCUUGUAUGCCUGGGUGCCAGACUGGGACUUCCCAUCAGCUGUCCCUGCCUUGCUCUUCCUCCUUGGUCAUUCACAUACCGUUCUGCGGGGUCUUUUCUAUCUCUGGCAGAAUACUAAGGUUCAGAGCCGUGUUUCUCCUGAGCCCAUCAGACCAGCAUCUCUACCUGGAAUGGAAGGCUCCCCAGUCGUUCCAAUGCAAGUCACAACGAUGCUGCGCUCAGAGGGAGACCAUCCCUUCCUCGUACCUCAUGCCAUGGAGAGCGACAUCCCCUCCCCAAGAACAGCUAAACUAGUGCCAAGGGAACCGAUUGCUAGAUCUCUGAAUCCUUCCCCUAAAUCUACAAAACUGCAAACCCACACCCAAUAAACUAAUGCAUAAACACAUGCAUUGUUUGUGCAAAUAAAAUGUUCAACAGAACUAGAGAGAUAUUUGAAAUAUACAAUAUAAAUCAAACACAUGAAAUGAUAAAAAGAUCAUUGGUCUAUCCAGCAAAGCAGAGCUCACACUGGUUUCUCAUUUAAAAAUAAGAUAUUUAGUAUGCCUGUCUUUUCUGUGGUCUUUGAUUUUGUACAACUGUACUCAAAAAAAUUACCAAUUGGAAAAAUGAUAGAAGAAAAUGUUUAAUCCAAAGAAAUAUAAAAAAAAAAAAUAUCAGAACAUGUAAAAGUGAUAUCAAAUAAACUAGCUAUUUGACUUUA